AUGUCGUUCUUCAUCGAGAACCGCCAUGUCGGCGAUAAGUCCCAUUUGGAAGACUCCAGAAUCCGCGGUUACAACCCCCUGACUCCUCCCAACCUCCUUCAACAUGAGAUUGCCUUGACCGAAAAGUCGAGACAGACCGUCAUGGAGGGCCGUGACGAGGCCAUCGCCGUCGUCCACGGCACCGACAAGCACCGUCUCCUCGUCGUCAUCGGUCCCUGCUCCAUUCAUGACCCGGAAAUGGCUCUGGAAUACUGCGAUCGUCUGCUCAAGAUGAAGGAGAAGUACAAGGAUGAGCUGUUGAUUGUCAUGCGCUCCUACCUGGAGAAGCCUCGCACCACCGUCGGCUGGAAGGGUCUCAUCAACGACCCCGAUAUCGACAACAGCUUCCAGAUCAACAAGGGUCUCCGCACCUCCCGCCAGCUUUUCGUCGAUCUGACCAACAAGGGUAUGCCCAUUGCCAGCGAGAUGCUCGAUACCAUUUCGCCCCAGUUCCUCGCCGACUGUCUCUCCGUCGGAGCUGUUGGUGCUCGUACCACGGAAUCCCAGGUGCACCGCGAGCUGGCCUCCGGUCUGUCCUUCCCUGUCGGCUUCAAGAAUGGCACCGACGGCUCUCUGGACGUCGCUGUGGACGCCAUCGGCUCCGUGAAGCACCCUCACCACUUCCUUUCCGUCACCAAGCCCGGCGUGGUCGCUAUUGUCGGCACCGUCGGCAACCCCGACUGCUUCGUCAUCUUGCGCGGAGGCAAGAAGGGCCCCAACUACGACGCCCAGAGCAUCGCCGAGGCCAAGGCCAAGCUGACCUCGCAAGGCAUGACCCCGCGUCUCAUGGUGGACUGCAGCCACGGCAACUCGCAGAAGAACCACAAGAACCAGCCUAAGGUUGCCGCUGUGCUUGCGGAGCAGAUCGCGGCGGGUGAGACUGCCAUCAUGGGUGUCAUGAUCGAGAGUAACAUCAACGAGGGUAACCAGAAGGUGCCCCCCGAGGGCAAGGCCGGUCUUAAGUACGGUGUGAGUAUCACGGAUGCUUGCAUCAACUGGGAGGAUACCGAGUUGGUUCUGGAGAACCUGGCGCAGGCUGUUCGUACCCGCAAGGAGAAGUUCGGUGCGAACUAA